CGAUCAUCGUCCAGGUAUAGCUAAAAGCAACGACGCAACAACGACUUAAUAAUGAGUACUGAUGGUAUAUGUAAUUAGCUAGAUGCUAAUGCAUCUAGCAAUUAUUAAUAUUAAUGUAUACGUAGUUUAUAUACGAGUUUGGUUGCAAGUGCAUUAAACCGGAGGGGAACGGAUGUUUACGAUCGCCGGGACUUGCCAAGAUUUUUGACGGUAUAGCCUCGGCAGGAGCUGAAGGCUGAAGGGGGACAGAGUCGGUUUAUUGGCCGGUUGGUCAGGGGUCGCGGUUGAUAAGCGCUGAUAAUGUCUCCCGCUCGGUUUAAACCUACUAGUCACCAGUCAGUUUGUGUGGCGCGCGGCGAUUCGCGCGAGUGAGUUACUGCGCGUCGCGUCGUCGCGGUUCACCGUAUCGCGAUCGUAUCGCGCUCCGAACUCCCGAGUUCCAGGUUUCGGGUUCCGGGUGCAAAUUAAUUUGACGAGAAGAAGGAAUCCGGUUCUCUCUCUCGUGAGGGGACGGCUCUUUUCUUUUCUGGAACUCGGAGGUGCUCCCUCCGAAGUCCGAGAUGCGAUAGCGAGGUAUGAGCAAGGACGAUUGCUGCGUCAGCAAGUAUGGAUACGCGUUCGACAACAUGGAUUUAUCGUCGAAAUUCGAGCCGAGGACGAAAAAGACGGCGGCGGAGGUGCACCGUCAUCUCGCCGACCGCGCCGGCGAGACCACGGAGCUGGGCGAGGUGAGGGUGACCGCGCCGAGCAGCAACGUCGCGACGUCGAUGCCGUCGACGGCGCAUCCUAACGGCAACGACGCGGCGGCACCCUGCAAGAACGGCGGCUGCAAGGUCUGGAGGAGCAGCCGCGUCGACGGCGGCGAGCUGCGUCCCGAGAGCCCCUGGCAUUCGCUCAAGACCGUCUUCUUGAUUUCCGUGAUUCUGGCGUUCCUCCUCUGGAUCAUCGUCUACACUCUGCUCGAUCAGUAUCGGAUCUUGUGACCGUAACAAUCCGCUUUUCAUGGAUCCUGCUGUGUUCUCGCGGUCGCGAGAUGCGCGAUUGCGAUUUAUGAACGAUAUCAGAUCUCGAAGUCUACGAUCGGGUCCUGAUACUCCUGAUGUGAUCUACGUGACUUGGUGUUUUCCAUUAUGAUCGCGAUCUGCGAUUGGUACGAUCGGGGGUCUGCGGUUCACGUGGCGUGUUUCGCGGUUCUCCAUGAUUUCGUGCUGUUGGAUCCACUUUACGCCUUCCAUCAUCGGAUCCUGCAUUUCUGAUUUUGCAGGACGUUAUAUUAUGUUUAUAUUACUAAUCAUAUUUGCGUUGCGUUGCGUUGCGACGAUUGUUCGUUGUAACGAGACGAAAACAAAUCCGUGGAGAAAUUCGAAAGGAACGGCCAAAUGGACGUUGAAUAUGGGGAAGACUUCUCCCAGCAGCUUGAGGCUUCCGUAAAUUAUACAAGUACCGCAACAUUGUAUAUUUCGUACUGUUUUAUAACAUUUGGCUCCUGUAAAUAUUUGAAUAAAAUACGACACAGUA